AUGCCAACUACCGCGUCCGCUUCUUUCACCUCCGGUGCCGACGGCGGUCCCACUUCCCUCGUCGCUCGACUCUCCUCCGGCGACCCCGAUGUCAAGCUGAGCGCCCUGCGGGAAGUCAAGAACCAGAUAAUCGGCAGCAAGACCAAAAAGCUCGACACCGUACCCCCGCGUUGCCUCAAUUCUUUCCGCCGCAAUUGCCGACGACGACUACUUCCAGCUAGCUCCCGCCGCUUCAUCACGGGGAAUGCUCGGCUUUGCCAGCAAUGUCGUCGUCCAAUCGGCGGCAGCUCUCGGCAGCUUCGCCUGCGGAUUCGACGAGGGAGUUCAGGCAGUUCUCGCCGCCGGCGCUCUGCCGCUUCUGGUUAG